UGUGGAGCAAGUCACGAAGCACUGUGGAAACAUUCUUCACUCACAGCUUCUUUUUCGCCCAUCUUGUUCUUCUAUUUCUGCUCCAACUCCAAUCUCAGACCUACUGGACUCUGAGCACUGCAGGUAAACCUGCCAACCUGAGCCAAACCGAGUGAAUCUAGACCAAACUGUCUCCAGUCACUAUGGACAUUGCCAUCCAGCACCCCUGGUUUAGACGUGCCAUGGGCUCCAUCUACCCUACCCGACUCUUUGACCAGUUUUUUGGAGAGGGAAUUUUUGACUACGACUUUUUCCCCUACACCUCCUCCACCAUCAGCCCCUAUUACAGACACUCACUGUUCCGCAACCUUUUGGAUUCCUCCAACUCCGGGAUCUCUGAGGUGAGGUCUGACAGGGACAAGUUUACAGUCUACCUGGAUGUCAAGCACUUCUCCCCUGAUGAGCUCAGCGUGAAGGUGACUGAUGACUACCUGGAGAUCCAGGGCAAGCAUGGAGAAAGACAGGAUGACCACGGUUACAUCUCUCGCGAGUUUCAUCGCCGGUACCGCCUCCCCUCCGCCAUCGACCAAUCGGCCAUCACCUGCACCCUGUCGGCUGACGGUCUGCUGACUCUGACUGGUCCAAAGGUAUCUGGGGGGAGUGAAUCUGGUCGUGGUGAGCGCAGCAUCCCUGUCAGCCGUGACGAUAAGACCAAUGCUGCUUCAUCCUCCUAGAGGGCAAUGGGUUCAGGUCCCAAAAAAUCUGCUAGUCUGGGAUGGACCAGAGAUUUCUUCUUCUACCCUUCCCUAAGAGGACCCACUUGUUCUUCUUCACUUGAUCUAGUUCUUAUAUAGCGCCCUCAUGAAGAACUAUAGUAUCGUUGUUUUUAGGUAUAACAUAGAUCAACCCAUCAGGGUUGUUAGGUAAGGGCCUCUAAACCCUUUCUUCUUUUGUCCUAUCCUGUAAUGUAGUGUACACCUUGUUCACUCUUAAGAUGUUAAUACUGAAAUAACAUAUAAUAAAGCUGUAUAAUCAACAAAA